AUCGUUAAUACAAGUGACGAAUUUCCACGAGGCAGGCGACGGCGGCUCAUUAUUUACAUUUCAUUAAUCACACACAGUAGAUAUGGUGUCCCAGGAACAGAUCAAAGCAAUAGGUGGAGUCCUGAACAACAAAGAGCGGCCUCUCAAGGAGCGUUUUCGUGCACUUUUUACAUUGAAAAACAUCGGCGGCGGCACUGCCAUUGAAGCAAUCAGCAAGGCAUUUGAUGAUGAUUCCACAUUGCUUAAACACGAAUUGGCUUAUUGUUUGGGACAGAUGCAGGAUACUCAAGCUGUAGAAAUAUUGACAAAAGUACUACAGGACACCAGUCAGGAGCCCAUGGUACGCCAUGAGGCUGCCGAAGCAUUAGGCGCCAUCGGUCACCCAGAUGUUCUGCCCAUACUCGAGAAAUACAAAGAGGAUCCAGUGAUUGAGGUUGCCGAGACUUGUGCCAUUGCUCUGGAUCGCGUGCGCUGGCUGCAGACUGGUCAGCAAGUGAAUGACAACAAUCCAUAUGCAUCAGUGGAUCCAUCGCCGCCAGCAGCAGGAACAAAAAGCGUACAGGAAUUAAAGGCAAUCUAUCUGGAUGCGAAUCAAAGUCUCUUCGAUCGCUAUCGAGCGAUGUUCAGUUUACGGAAUUUACGUACAGAGGAGAGUGUUUUAGCUAUUUCUGAAGGACUUAAAGAUAAAUCUGCGCUGUUCCGGCACGAGGUUGCAUUUGUGCUGGGUCAGCUCCAGGAUCCAUGCAGCAUACCCUAUCUACAGGAGAACCUGGAAGAUCGCCAUGAGAAUGAAAUGGUUCGCCACGAGUGCGCCGAGGCACUGGGUGCCAUCGCCACUGAGGAAUGCAUUAAGAUAUUAAAUCGUUAUUCGGAUGAUGACAAGCGGGUCGUGAAGGAGAGCUGCGUCAUCGCCCUGGACAUGUGCGAAUACGAGAACAGUCCGGAGUUCCAGUAUGCCGACGGCUUGACCAAACUGGAUGGAACCAAGUGAUGCUAAUCUAAGAAAAUUCAUUAUUGUAUAUAAUAUUUGUAAACAAACUUAUUUGUAUUAUUGUUAUAUCUAAUCAGAAUAUUGGCGAGAUAAACUAUCACAGAACGUGACAUUCAACACGCCAUCUGCUGCUAUUUCACUAUUUCCGA